AACUAGUUUUAUAGCCGAGAUGUAUUAAUGGUAGGACAAAAACGGUCUUAAAAACAGCAUGAGAACGACAGAACUUCACGACUAAUUGUAAUUUCAUUGGACUCCGUCUAGAAAACCAACGUUACAUCAGCUACAUAAUAAACAAGGCAAGGUUCAUCAAGCCAUCCCCACAAUGGACCUACUUAGUAGAACAGCCAUGCAAGAGGACAUGGUCCAGUACAAUCUCUUCUUGGUUCAGCCAAACGUCUCAGACACACAUGCUGACGAACUAUGUCUGCAACACCUAGUGGAGGAGAUUUUGGCCAAGGUUGCACCUCUCGUUAUGCGGUAUAUCUGGCAACAGCAACCAUUCAACCUCAAGUACCACACUGAGAAAGGGGGAGUUCCUGCACACAUUGGAGGUAGCACUGUGUUUGGGGACAGUGUGGAGGAUGAGUGGUUCAUUGUAUACCUCCUCCUACAAAUCACGCAAGCCUUCCCURAACUUGCUGCCAGGUUAGAGGACAAUGAUGGGGAGUUCCUUCUGAUUGAAGCAGCAGACUAUCUUCCAAAGUGGUUGAAUCCAGAGAGUAGUGAGAACAGAGUGUUCCUCCACAGAGGUGAGCUGUACAUCCUGCCUUGUCCCUCCAGCUCUGGUGAUGUUGGCCUGCCCAGGGAUGCGGUGCCCAGUGUGACCCAGGCUCUGGCACUGCUGUCAUCUCACACACAGGCCUGUCUCGCAAGUCCCAAAAUCCGCACUGCCCUGGGRAAAAGACUGGAGGGAUAUCCAGAGAAGAUCCAGGCAAACCUUCACCAUGCUCACUGCUUCCUGCCUGCGGGCAUCGCUACAGUGUUGGCAAAGCGACCAGAACUGGUUGCCCCGGCAGUGUCAGCUUUCUACCUGAGAGAUCCAGUGGAUCUACAGGCCUGUCGGACGUUCCGGACCUUUCCCGCUGACACACGAGUCCUAACCUCAGUGACGUUCACCCGUUGCCUGUACGCCCAAAUGCAGCAGCAGCAUUUCACCCCCGACCGGAGGAGUGGGUUCACCCUGCCUGCCCGGUCCCACCCCCAGUACCGUGCCCACGAGCUGGGCAUGAAACUGGCCCAUGGCUUUGAAAUCCUGUGCUCCAAAUGCAGACAGCCAUCAUCGGUACCUGAUGCUCCCAUCAGCUGUAACCCCUUGUGGAAAGGAUUUCUGAACAGUCUGAAGAAGAAUGGUUAUUUCARAGGGGAGCUGGAGGGCUCUGCACAUUACAGAAAACUGAUGACCUCAGCAGAGAACUUCUUUAAGCAGUCAAUCACCCCAACACACAGCUCAGGUGGCAGGGCCCCAGCUGAGGAGGUCCUUCAGCUAUUACAGAGCUGUGCUCCCUACAACUUGGAUGAGCUGAGUAAACGGGAGGCCCAUCUACCCCCAGAGGAUAGUGAAAGUUGGCUGGAUAUUUCAGCCCAGGAKUUGGAGCAUCUGUUGGAGGAAAGAGAGGGGAGUGGAGUGGGGUUGGGUGGCUCAAAGCCCAGCCUGACCAAACAUACGCAGGGGGGAAGGAGUGAGAAAGGGGAGGAGGAGGGCAGCUACAGCCUGGUGGCUGUGACCCAGGGCAUGAAGAACUUCAUCAACGCCAUGUCUUCACACGAGGGGGCCGAACUACCCUGGUCCCAUUCAAAUGAGCCRUUCAGGUUUGAUCCAGAAUCCAUGGCUGGUGCACUGGACAGACUACUGGGGGCUAAGGACGAGGAUUUGGACUCAGACGACCUAGAUGACGAUGAUGACGACGAUGAUGAUGAUGAUGAUAGCGUGAAGGGUCCUACUGGACCGCUAGGAGUAGGGCCAGAAGCUUUGGAAGGUCUUAGGGAGUACAUGGAUGAGAUGGACCAUGAGCUAAUGGGCACAAACAUUGGACAGAGCUUCAACCAGCAGCAGGACACCAGUAAAGCAGGCCCCAGCCAGGAGGAUCUGUUGGGUGAGGAUGAAGAGGAGAUCCAGCCCCUGAACAUAGACCUUAACCUGGUCACUAACCUCCUGGAGUCUCUGAGCUCCCAGGCUGGGCUGGCCGGGCCUGCCUCUAACCUGCUGCACAGUCUUGGCAUCCACCUGCCCCCCAAUACUGACCGUUCAUGAACAUCUGCCCCCCAACACUGACCUUUCAUUAUGACCUAGCGUCCAUAUCUUACUGUCUGCACAGCCAGGAUGCACAGGACUUUAAACUCUUGGCUCAGAGUACACUGGGCCAGAAUCAAUAUUGAUCAUCAGGAUAGGGGUUUGACAACUCGAUCGUGUUUGCAUUCAGAAUGGCAGGAUCUAAAAGUUAACUGUAACCCUAAAACGUGUGAUUCUAACAUAGAGACACUUGUGUCCCUGUUGGAAUUAUUAAUCUGGUUCUGACUGUCUGAAAUAUYUUUUCUUUUUUACAGCACUUAGAAUACAUGAAAUAGUCAAAUAAUAAAGCCAUUACUUUUUGGGGACAAAAUGUGUAUUCAUUUUCUAAAUUAAAUGUGGUUUCAAGGCAGUGAAAAUACCUUUC